CAGUGGGCAUUCAUGAAUAUUUCUUUGGGAGUGAGGUAUAGUAUACAGAUGCGUGACUACUUUUCGCUAAAUAGUUUUUUAUUUAAACGAGCUAAUUGCAGGUGCAAUUGUGGUCCUUGUUUUUAACAUAGCAUUUGAGAUCUGUUCCAGUUUUUGAUCAUUUUGAUGUAGUGUCGCUGCUAAAAGAUGCCGCAGCCGAAAUCCCGAAAAAUCGCCGUCCUGGGCUACAGAUCCGUCGGUAAAUCCUCCUUGACAAUACAGUUUGUGGAAGGCCAGUUUGUCGACUCAUAUGACCCAACCAUUGAAAACACGUUUACAAAGAUGAUCACAGUGAAUGGUCAGGAGUACCACCUGCAGUUGGUGGACACAGCUGGACAGGAUGAAUACUCCAUUUUCCCACAGACCUACUCCAUAGACAUCAACGGAUACAUUUUGGUGUAUUCUGUCACGUCAAAUAAAAGUUUUGAAGUAAUAAAAGUUAUCCACGAAAAAUUAUUGGAUAUGGUGGGUAAAGUACAAGUACCCAUCAUGUUGGUGGGGAACAAGAAAGAUCUUCACAUGGAACGUGUAAUCAGUUGUGAAGAAGGCAAAGCACUGGCUGACUCGUGGAACGCAGCAUUCAUGGAGUCCUCUGCAAAAGAGAACCAGACGGCGGUGGAGGUGUUCAAGAGGACCAUCCUGGAAGCGGAGAAAAUGGAGGGGGGAGCCCCCCAGGGCAGGACGUCCUGCUCCCUGAUGUAACCAUCCGCCUCGGGCCCUCGCAACCCAUCCCCAACCACAGCACUGGACACUGGGAAAUCCCUCUACUUGAAGUGGCUAACAGCCUGUUCUCCCUCGAGAAAUGUCUUCUUUUUUUCCCUUUUAUUUGUGUUUUUUUGGGGGAAGGACAGAGGAAGACUGACAUUAAGAGUAAUUAUCCAUCCCAGCUUAGAGUACACUCAUAUCCCCCCCCCCCCCUUCUGUCUUCCCCUUCUUCUGAGAAACUAAACAAGGUGAAAUAUCGAGCCUUACUUCUCAUUUGAAGCCUGUAAUCUCAUAUCUACCUGACCCCCCCUGCC